GCUAGCCUCGAGUACAGAUCACUAUAGCGUCGCAUUCGGGCAACUCUAUACGCGAAGAAAACAAAAUGAAGUUACCUUUAAUUCUGCUCCUUUGUUACGGAGCAUGUUAUGCUGACGACAUAGCUUCAGCAGCGGGCCAGAUCUUCAACAGCAUUCUGCCGAAUUUAAUUAGCAACUCCGUGACUGGUCAGCAAGGAAAUUCUGCAACAAAUACCCUGCAACAGAUUGGCACGGUGGUCGGUGGUGUGGUUGACUAUGCAAAGAAGAAGAGUUAUGAAGAGAUGCUGAAACAGGUGCAAGACUCGACCAGCGAUGAAGACCUGCUCCGCAUCAGUGAAGAAAUGUUUAACGCGGAUGUUAAUAAUGCGUUCAAUUACAUUCAAGUCAAUUUACAAGGCAAAACUAGUCCUAUGUCUAAGAGCGAUGAAGCACAAACCAGUCUACUGACAGUGCCUGAGAAUGUAUGGAAUGGCCCCACGAUAAGACCGUUUGUAGCACUCUUCGAUAAUUAUCACAAGAACGUUAUUAGGCCGGAAUUCGUUACACCGAAUGAGGAAACAGAACAAGUAACAUUCAUCAAUACUAUCUUAGCUACUGGUCCAAUGAGAACAUUGAUGAAUUACCUGGUCAGCAAGGGUUUAAAUCAGAUGAAUGAAUAUAACGAGCAAGUUGAACUUCUGAAGAAGAUAUGGUUCACGAAAUACGCUCGCCACUGGACUGGUCUAUGUAAAUGUAGCUGUGCAUUCGAGAAUAUCUUCAUGGCUGAACUAAAAUCCGACCAAGUUUUAGGUCUACACAGCUGGCUCUUCUUUGCAAAACGUGAGCUGGAUCGCAAAGCAAACUACCUGGGUUACAUAGACAAGCUUGAUCUGUCCGGGAAAGGUCUGAUCUUGAAACAACAUUCAAUUUUGAGUGAAACCAAAGACGCCCCGGAGAUUACGAUGUUCGUUGGUACGUCCCCCGAGCUGGAGAUGGCAUUAUAUACUCUGUGCUUCAUGGCGCGACCCGACAGACCCUGCAAGUUGCGCUACAACAACGUACCCUUCACCAUACAAACCAAGACGUUGAAAGCUGAUAAUGUCAUCCUAAUAGACACGGCCUACCCUGUCUACUAAUUUUACUAUGUAUCAGAUCCCCAUAAGUGUCAACAUGUUCU